AUGCAAUUCUCCAAAGUUAUCGUCCCAACCGCUUUAGUCGCCGCUGCUUCUGCCGCUAACGUCACCGUCACCACCGAAGUUGUCGUUACUGACUACACCACCUACUGUCCAUUGCCAACCACCGUUGUUGUCAACAACAAGACCAUCACUGUCACUGAAGCCACCACUUUAACCAUCACUGGUCCAUGUACCAUCCCAACCACCUACGUUACCACUUCUGCUGCUCCAACCACUGCUGCUCCAACUUCUGCUGCUCCAACCAAGACCUUCGGUAACGUCACUACCCACGAAGGUGGUGCUAACAAGAUGGCUGCUGGUGCCGUUGCUGGUUUCGCUGCCGUUGCUGCUGCUUUAUUCUAA